AUGUCUAAGAAGAAGGUAAGCUUCUGUAUGCCCUCCCCUUGCAUCUGUUUCAAGCAAGUUGCUUCUCGUCGUGACAUUGCUCUUAAGAUUAAGGGCAUUGAACAACAACUAGAUGCCAUUGCAAGUGAAAGGACCGAUUUUAAUUUUGUCUCUAGUAGGAGUGAGGAGCGACCACUGCGAGUUAUAACUACCUCUGCAAUUGAUAUUUCAGAGGUGUACGGUCGGGAUAUGGAUAAAAAAAUCAUAUUAGACCAUUUGUUGGGUAAGAACUGUCAAGAGAAAUCUGGCCUCUACAUCGUCUCCAUAGUUGGGACAGGAGGCAUGGGCAAAACAACUCUUGCUCGACUAGCCUACAACCACCCAAAGGUGAAGGCCCAUUUUGAUGAAAGAAUAUGGGUCUGUGUCUCUGAUCCUUUUGAGCCAACCAGAAUUUUUAGGGAUAUUGUUGAAAUCCUCCAGAAAACGUCUCCUAAUCUCCAUAAUUUGGAAGCUUUACAUCAAAAAGUUCAAACGUGUGUCUCUGGCAAGAAGUUCCUUCUUGUGCUAGAUGAUGUGUGGACUGACGAGGAUCAAUUGUGGGAACAACUGAAGAACACCCUCCACUGCGGAGCAGCAGGGAGUAGAAUUCUGGCGACCACACGCAAAGAGAGUGUUCUUAAGAUGAUGAGAACUACGUAUAAGCAUCCCUUGGGGGAGCUGUCUUUGGAGCAAUGUCGGGCAUUAUUCCAUCAAAUGGCUUUCUAUGAAAGGAGUACUUGGGAGAAAGAGGAAGAAUUAAAAGAAAUUGGUGAGAAAAUAGCAGACAAAUGCAAGGGCUUCCCACUCGCUAUAAAAACUUUGGGGAAUCUCAUUCGUUUUAAAAAUAAUAAGGAAGAAUGGGAGGAUGUUUUGAAUAAUGAAGUAUGGUGGCUGGAUGUGUUUGAGACAGAUAUUUCCCCUGCUUUGUUGUUGAGUUAUUAUGAUCUGCCCCCUGCUAUUAAACGCUGCUUCUCAUAUUGUGCCGUCUUUCCGAAAGACUGUUAUUGA